AUGGCCCCCCCACCGCCCUACGCAAUAGCGACUGGCGCCGAAGAUGUGCUUCCUACAACAAUCGCCGCCGCAGUAGCAGCAGCAGCAACAGCAACAACAACCAUGAUCCCCCUCACGAACCCAGCAGCAGAGACAGUCGUCGAUGUCGUCGCCAGCACUGUCGCUUCGGCUGCUGCCGCGACAGCGACGGCUGCGAUGUCACAAGGCGGCAACAACGGCGGCAACGGCGAGUGCAGCCUGCUCGGGUCUUUCGCCCUCAUCGUCCAGGCUGCCCUCGGCGGUCUCGCUCUCAUGUCCUUGGUGUACAAGAGGUGGAGAGAACGGCCACAGCGCCCUCUCAAGAUCUGGUUCUUUGAUGUGUCCAAGCAGGUGUUUGGUUCAGUUCUGGUGCACAUCGCCAACAUCUUCAUGUCCAUGUUGACGUCAGGACGUUUCUCCGUCACUCUGGAUGCCGCAACAACCACAAACGUGCGGAGGUUGGUCACACGUGAGGAGAACUACACUCCUAAUCCGUGCUCGUUUUAUCUACUCAACCUUGCUAUUGAUACAACGAUCGGCAUCCCCAUUCUCAUCGUUCUUCUCCGAAUCCUCACCGGCCUUGUCUCGUACACACCGUUGGGCAAGCCCGCCGAGUCGAUCAAGUCGGGCAACUACGGCAGCCCGCCCAACGCCAUCUGGUGGUUGAAGCAGUCCAUCAUCUACUUCUGUGGCCUCUUUGGCAUGAAAAUCUGCGUUCUCAUUAUCUUCCUGUUGCUCCCAUGGAUCUCGCGCGUAGGCGACUGGGCCCUACGGUGGACUGAAGGCAAUGAGCAGCUGCAGAUCUUUUUCGUCAUGAUGUUCUUCCCACUCGUCAUGAACGCGCUGCAAUACUACAUUAUCGACUCGUUCAUCAAACAGCCUCAAGCCGAGCACGAGCGGCUGCCUGAGGAAGACCCUGAAUGGAGCUCCAGGCAUGCCGUUAUCAGUCCGUAUGACGAUGCGCCGGAGGAUAGUGACGAGGACGAUAACUCGAGCGACGGUGCUAGCCUGAAAUUGAAAAACGCCAAGCAUGCAGACGAAGCCGAGUACGACCCCGACUUGGACGGCGAUGCGCCGACAGUAAUUGGUAGCAGCUCGAGCCGGACGAAUCACCCUAGGACGAGCUUGCCGCGGGAACUCCUCCCAAAGGAGUGA